AUGCAAAGGCGAAUAGAUGAACCACAGCAGCGUAGGGUAAAUUCUGGCGAUGCAUAUCCACGAGUGAUACCUCCUGGCGGAUCACGCUUUGGUGAAGUUGGGGACGGUAUAUCUACAAAUAUGACUUUCCCAGUUCCAGGUUAUCCGCUAAACCAGGCCGGGGCACAUCAUGGCCCUGUUCCCGGUGCUUUGUCACAUUCGGUGGGACUUGGUGUCCCAGUGACGGGUGUGGGAGCCAACCCACAGUCACUGCACACGCAGACAGCUCAUCAGUCUAGCAUCUCUCAGAAUCAGAUGUCAGGACCUUCUAUGUCUGGUGGACAGCAGCAGCAGCAACAGUUCCAGCGUCUGAAGGUAGAGGAUGCUCUCUCCUAUCUGGAUCAGGUGAAGCUGCAGUUUGGUAACCAGCCCCAGGUCUACAAUGAUUUUCUAGACAUUAUGAAGGAGUUCAAAUCUCAGACCAUUGACACCCCUGGUGUUAUUAACCGAGUGUCAAACUUGUUCAAAGGUCACCCUGACCUCAUUGUGGGCUUUAACACUUUUCUUCCUCCUGGAUACAAGAUUGAGGUGCAGUGUGAGACCAUCAAUGUCCAUCAGCCUGGUCAGCAGGUCAUGUCCAUCACUGCUCUAGCUCAGUCACAGGCAGUGUCCACUGUGAACAGGCAGAAGCAAGGGAUGUCCAUCUGGGAUGUGGCUCUGGCAUCACAGAGUUCAAAUGUGCAAAAGGUCGGACCUGUUCAUCAUCCGCCAUUGCCAGCACCAACUGCUUCACCAGCAGCAGACCACCGUUCGUACCAUCAGUCUCCUCGUCCUCAGGCGGAAACAACACCUUCCACUGGCCCACUUAUUUCACUGCCACAACAGCAGCAGCAACAGCAGCCGCAACAGCAAAGUGGUCAGCCUGUGGAGUUUAACCAUGCUAUCAACUAUGUGAACAAGAUUAAGAAUCGGUUCCAAGGUCAACCAGACAUAUACAAACAGUUCCUGGAGAUUCUUCAUACAUACCAGAAGGAACAGAGACUGACUAAAGACGGAGCACCCUCUUGUCCUAGCAAGCCUCUGACUGAAAGUGAAGUCUACCAGCAAGUGGCAAACUUGUUCAAACAUCAGGAGGACCUGCUGGCAGAGUUUGGUCAGUUCCUGCCUGAUGCUAAUGGAGCUUCCAGUUAUGGUGCUGAUUCGGCUCUGGGUGUUCGCAAUGAUCACUCAUCCACUGUCAAGAAUCGUCCUGGGUUGGGAAUCAAACGGCCGGCAGCUUCAGCGUCAUCAGCAUCCUUGUUUCAGCCUCCUAUCAAG